GCGCGCGCCCCCUCCCCAGACCGCGGCGCCGAUCCCCGGACGCGCGGCCCCCCCACCCGCGGCUCCGCGCGCCUCGCCCUGACACCACCCUCCGCGGCCCCCUCCCGACCCUCGGGCCCCUAGGACUCCCCUGAGGUCCUCCCCUUGGGAAGGGCCCCUCGCCAAGUCUCCGCCUUCCUUGUCCUCCCCCUGUCAAUGUCACUGUCCAGCUCCCGCCGCCUUAGGAACGCCACUCCACCUGGGCCUUCUUCUCCAGGGACCCCCUGGGCCCCACCCCCAGGACCUCCCACCUCUGGAAGCCCUGCGUUUGCUUUCCCCCAUCCUCUGGGCGGCUAGUCUCCACGCCCACCUGACUGGACCCGGAAGCUCUAAGAAGUUAGCAGGGGAUUUCAGCAAUUAGGGAUGGGUAUAAGGGAGAGCCUGGGCGAGGAAAAGGGGAAGGAGGAAAUGUCCAGAGGGAAUAGAGGAGGGUGCGCAGGGUAUUCGAGGAUGGAGGAUGAAGGGAAGUAUUGGCAUGUAGAGCUUUGUGUUGUGUGUGUGCAUGUAUGAGGAAUAUGCAUAGGCCUUAGAGUAUGGGGUAUGGGAGAGUGGUGUGCGCGUAUGUGUAGUGUGGUGUGGGGAGCGGUAUGUAUUCCGAGAGUGCAGUGUAGUGUGUGCGGUGUCCAGACUUGCGAUAUGGGAAGUGUGGUAUGUGUGUUAAGUGGUGUAUGUGCAGAAGGUGUGUUACCUUGAGAUGCGUGAAGAGUAUUGUAGGUGCUUAGGGGUUGUGAGUAGGGUGUGCGGGAGAACUAGCUGGAGAUUUCUCUCCGAGGAUCCAGCCACGGAGCAAGGCCCGGAUGGAGUCUUGGGGGAGAACCUCAGGUGAGUUCAGCUUUGGGUCCAGUCCCGUCUCCAGAUCUGGCAGAAAAUUUCCUCACACGCAGGUGAACAAAUUUGACCUGCGUUCGUGUGCGCUAGGGAGAGUGCUGUGGUCGCUCAAAUCCGUACUUAGACCUCUCGAGGCCUCCGGCAGCCCCGCCCUGACCCGCAAUCCCCGGUGUGGGUGAGUCAGGCCGCCUGCGCAGCUUCCGAACCGCGGGUUGCAGAGGCUGUGCCUGAGGCUGGGGUGGAGAGAAGCGGGGUCCAGGCGUGGGGACCAGGGUGCGGUGGAGAGAACGCGCCUGCGCGUCGACCUUAUGGAAGGUUCUGGUAGGUCAAAGGCCCAGGGGCUUUCCUACUUAUUGUUAAAGACCUCCCCCCAAAACCAAGAACUGUAUUGCCUGGGGAAGCUGAGCCCCUGCGUCCGAGGCAGCACCGGGGUUCUCGCCCACCCUCCUAGAAGCCACUUGCUGGUGGGUGUAUGGAGGCUUUCCAAAGACUCCCGGACGUUUGCGUGGGUUUCAGUUCGGCCCAGAGCUUCAGAAAGAGCGAACAAGCCUCUCUGUAUUUUUAGUAGGCGGAGCAGAAUUUGAAACAGCAUCCUACCGAUCCUGCGCCUGGUAAAUGAUGACUCGCCAGAAAGCAAAGACGCAACCCUGCCUCGGUCGGAAGUCUGAAUCAGAAGAGUCACAUCAAGAAACAUCAUUCCGAAGGGAUCUUCAGAAAUUGAAGUCUUGAUGAAGCUGUCCAUGCCCAGGCAUGGACCCCUCCUUGCCCUCUCUGCCUCAGAAGUCAACUGCAACGCUGGAAAGCCAUUGCUCAUCCCCCCACCCCCACCCCACGGCAGGGUACCUGAGCUUAGGAGGAGCAAGGACGUCCAGUUGGACCAACCCAAACCCUUCCGCAGCUCCUCAAGCAAAGAGGAUCAUAUUCUGUGUUUGUGAAAUUAUCUAGUUUGGGACCUGUUUCCCCAGAAGUGAGUUGUCUUCCCUUUACAGCGCCUAAUUUCUGAAACAGACAGGAAGCCCUGCCCCUAGUUUUAUCCAAAAUCCCAAUUUUAAAUAUCCAGUUUUUGCACGGGAACUGUGACUGCUGAACCUCUGAGAAGAGUGAGGACGGGCCGCCUAUGAGUCAGCCGUCUCCCCUGGGCUCUCUAAUCAUCACUAAGAAAGACUUUGCUGACAUCAGUGUUUGCAGAUCCAUGCGGACCUGGGAGUGGUGAAAGCCCUGGGACAGCAGUAGGGGCACCAUGAGCCUCAGUGAGGACCAGGUACGUAGCUUCCUAGAUGGGAACCCCGCUUUUGCCCACCAAUACUUUGGGAAGAAGCUGAGCCCUGAAAAUGUGGCAGCGGCCUGUGAAGAUGACUCGCUGGUGGACUGCAGCAGCCUGCGGGAGCUGUGCCAGGUGGAAGAGAGUACAGCACUGUUUGAACUGGUGCAGGACAUGCAAGAGAAUGUCAAUAUGGAGCGUGUCGUCUUCAAGGUCCUGCGACGCCUCUGCACCAUCCUGCAUGCUGACCGCUGCAGCCUCUUUAUGUACCGCCAGCGCAAUGGCGUAGCCGAACUUGCCACACGGCUCUUCAGUGUGCAGUCAGAUAGCCUCCUGGAGGACUGCCUGGUGCCCCCUGACUCUGAGAUCGUAUUCCCAUUGGACAUUGGGAUUGUGGGCCAUGUGGCUCAGACCAAGAAGAUGGUGAACGUGCAGGAUGUGGCAGAGUGUCCCCACUUCAGCCCCUUCGCUGAUGAGCUCACCGACUAUGUGACCAAGAACAUUCUGUCCACACCAAUCAUGAAUGGCAAAGACGUCGUGGCUGUGAUCAUGGCUGUGAACAAGCUGGAUGGCCCAUGCUUCACAAGUGAAGACGAAGAUGUUUUCGCAAAGUACCUGAAUUUUGCUGCAUUAAACCUGAAGAUCUAUCACCUAAGCUACCUCCACAACUGUGAGACACGCAGAGGCCAGGUGCUUCUCUGGUCAGCCAAUAAGGUAUUUGAAGAGUUGACAGACAUCGAAAGGCAGUUCCAUAAGGCCUUCUACACUGUCCGGGCCUACCUAAACUGUGACCGGUACUCAGUGGGCCUCCUGGACAUGACCAAGGAUAAGGAAUUCUUUGAUGUCUGGCCAGUGCUGAUGGGGGAAGCCCAGCCAUACUCAGGCCCACGGACACCGGAUGGCCGGGAAAUUGUCUUCUACAAAGUCAUUGAUUAUAUCCUCCAUGGCAAGGAAGACAUCAAAGUCAUUCCCACACCCCCAGCCGAUCACUGGGCCCUGGCCAGUGGCCUCCCAACCUACAUAGCAGAAAGUGGCUUUAUCUGUAACAUCAUGAAUACUUCAGCCGACGAAAUGUUCAACUUUCAGCAGGGGCCCCUGGAUGAUUCUGGGUGGGUGAUCAAGAACGUUCUCUCCAUGCCCAUCGUCAACAAGAAGGAGGAGAUAGUGGGGGUCGCAACCUUCUACAACAGGAAAGACGGGAAGCCUUUCGACGAUCAAGAUGAAGUUCUCAUGGAGUCGCUGACUCAGUUCCUGGGAUGGUCAGUGCUGAAUACCGACACCUACGACAAGAUGAACAAGCUGGAGAACCGUAAGGACAUCGCCCAGGACAUGGUUCUGUACCAUGUGCGGUGCGACAAAGAUGAAAUCCAGGCAAUCUUGCCAACAAGGGAUCGCCUGGGGAAAGAGCCCGCCGACUGUGAGGAGGAUGAGCUGGGGAAAAUCUUGAAAGAAGAACUCCCAGGGCCUACUCAGUUUGACAUCUAUGAGUUCCACUUCUCCGAUCUGGAGUGUACUGAGCUGGAGCUAGUCAAAUGUGGCAUCCAGAUGUACUAUGAGCUGGGUGUAGUCCGCAAGUUCCAGAUUCCCCAGGAGGUCCUGGUGCGGUUCCUGUUCUCUGUCAGCAAAGCCUACCGGAGAAUCACCUACCAUAACUGGCGCCAUGGGUUCAAUGUCGCCCAGACCAUGUUUACACUACUCAUGACAGGCAAACUGAAGAGCUAUUACACAGACCUGGAGGCCUUUGCCAUGGUUACUGCUGGCCUGUGUCACGACAUUGACCAUCGUGGCACCAACAACCUGUACCAGAUGAAAUCCCAGAAUCCUCUAGCCAAGUUACAUGGCUCCUCAAUUCUAGAAAGGCACCAUCUGGAAUUUGGGAAGUUUCUGUUGGCAGAGGAGAGCUUGAACAUCUACCAGAACCUGAACCGGCGUCAGCAUGAGCAUGCGAUCCACCUCAUGGACAUUGCCAUCAUUGCCACAGACCUGGCCCUCUACUUCAAGAAAAGAACAAUGUUCCAGAAGAUUGUGGAUGAGUCCAAGAACUAUGAAGACAAGAAGAGUUGGGUUGAGUACUUAUCCCUAGAGACAACACGAAAGGAGAUAGUCAUGGCCAUGAUGAUGACUGCAUGUGACCUGUCUGCUAUCACCAAGCCCUGGGAAGUCCAGAGCAAGGUCGCUCUUCUGGUGGCUGCUGAGUUCUGGGAACAAGGGGACUUGGAAAGGACGGUCUUGGAUCAACAGCCCAUUCCCAUGAUGGACCGGAACAAAGCAGCUGAGCUCCCCAAGCUGCAAGUUGGCUUCAUCGACUUUGUAUGUACUUUCGUGUACAAGGAAUUUUCUCGCUUUCAUGAAGAGAUCCUGCCCAUGUAUGACCGGCUGCAGAAUAACAGGAAGGAGUGGAAGGCACUGGCUGAUGAGUAUGAGGCCAAAGUCAAGGCCCUAGAGGAAGAAAAGAAGAAGGAAGAAGACAGAACAGCAGCCAAGAAAGUGGGCACAGAAAUUUGCAAUGGUGGUCCAGCACCCAAGUCCUCGACCUGCUGUAUCCUGUAAAACCUAUCUAGUGGCUGCUGGGCCCUCCUGCCACUCACCCACUGGAGACGACUCUGCAG